AUGCACAAUCCAUCAAAGUCGAUCUCGCCUUGUCCGAACCGUGAUCGGCAGCGCUCCCCAAUACGCCGUCAUAGCCAGCAUGCAAAUCUCUGGAUGCGCAUUGUCGCGCUUUUAGACUUUGAGGCGACGCAGCCGAUAUCCGAGGCUGAGUGGACCCGCCUUUGGCUCGCGCACGCACAGGAUCGCCCUGGUGACUGGAUCAAGGCAAGGGAAACGAUGGGUUACCGCAUCCAGUAA